AUGUCACAUAAUCGUAAUAAAUAUGAAAGAGCACGAAGAAGACUCGCUGCUGUUACAUUUUUAUCAAAUAUAUCCUUGGACGGAUCUUUUAAAGACACGGAACUGUGCCAAGUUUAUGAUAAGAAAUCGUCGAAAUUCGACAAAUGUGACUGUAUAUCAAAAUCAAAUGAUUUUCAAAUCAAUCACAAAGACAUUAUAUAUAAUAGCGCCAACUGCAAUGCGGUACAAUGCAGACUGAGAGCACAACAAACAAGUCCGGUCCAAAGAAAUUGUGAUAAUCAUUCUCAUAGUUCUGAUUCCGAACAAGCUAAUGUGACACCUCUCAAAGGUGUUGGUAAUACUUACAGGGAAGGUGGCUCAACUACUAAUAUAGAGACAUUUAGAGAAAGGCACCCUUCAAUAAGGGGUAGGAAAAUUACUCCAAUAACCCAAGAUGAUAAAAGCAGUAGUGAGAGUCUUACUUUUGGUCGUUUCCGUACAAGUAGUACUUGCAUUCCAGAGAAUCCUCAAUUUAAAAAUCAAUUGAGGUUCAUAAGAGCUACAAAGGGUGUUACAUUUAAAGAUGAGAGACUUGCGUUAGCUCCAGCACAAGGAGCACCCUGUGUACUGUUUAGUACAAUACCAUAUUCUAAAACUAUAAAGGGCGUCCGCUUUCAGAAGACAGAGAGUAAUCUUGCAUUGGAAAAAGCUGAUUUGAGAAAAGAUGGAGUGCGGCGACGUAACACGUCUGGCCCGAGACCGUUAUCUGCGAUUACCGACAAUGGAAUGGAUCCUUUUGACCUACUAGGCUUGGAGCGAGAGGAAAACGGACAAGAUAUAUCAUACUCAAAACUAUUGAUACCAUCCAGAAUAUGCACAAGGGAACAGUAUAAGAAAAUGUAUGAAGGUGAUUUCUCUGAUAAAACAACUUGGAAAAUGAUUAAUCGCCAGCCUCAUGUGAUAGCAAGGACUAAGUUAUUGACCAGACACAAGGAUAAGAAAUGGUGUUUCUCGUAUGAAUCGUCACAACGUGUGGCGACAGUCGCUUCGUCUCCUCCUCACUCCUCGGUAGAGAAUAAGACCUUCGAUUGGGACGAAACUUCACUGAUAUCACAGAAAUAUGUGCAUUAUUGUCCAAACGUUUUGGACGAUCCCGAGCUGAUAGCUGGCAAGCAUCGGACGCUCCUCACCUUCACGUCAUACAUGACCUCCAUCAUAGACUACGUGCGGCCACAGGACCUCAAGAAGGAACUCAACGACAAAUUCCGAGAGAAGUUCCCGCACGUUAAACUAACACUUAGUAAACUUAGAAGCAUUAAAAAAGAAAUGAGAAAAAUAGCAAAACAUGAGACAGGUGGUAUAGAUCUGUUGUCAGUGGCUCAAGCUUAUGUUUAUUUUGAGAAGUUAAUUCUUGGGAAUCUCAUCAAUAAGGACAAUAGGAAGCUAUGUGCUGGCGCCUGUCUCAUGCUGUCUGCUAAGUUGAAUGACGUCAAAGGUGAAAUGUUGAAAGCCCUCAUUGAGCGCAUCGAGACAACAUUCAGAGUGAACAGGAAGGAUCUGAUGCGUUUCGAGUUCGCUGUGCUAGUCGCGUUGGAGUUCGGUCUGCACGUCCCGCCGCAUGAGGUGUUCCCUCACUACCAGAGGCUGAUGCACGACUCGUGA